UGACGUAGUCUGACGUCUGACGUAGACCUGAUGUCAUAAAACAUCAAUGAACUAUUUUUCCUGCUAUUUCUCACCGAAAUAGGCGUAGUAUUUCUCAUCACAUUACGUAGAUCAUUUGAAAGUUUUUCAUAUUUUUAUUGAAUUUUAUUCAGUUUAAUACCAACUACUAUCGAGAAAGUACUGUUAUUACAUUAUUAUUUGCAACGAUGGCUUUUCAAUCACCAAUGCCGAGCCGUGAAUUUCUUUGGGAUGUUUUUCAAAGAGUUGACAAAGAUCAUUCUGGAGCAAUAUCUGCUGAAGAGUUACAACAAGCUCUAUCUAAUGGAACGUGGACUCCUUUCAACCCGGAAACAGUUCGCUUAAUGAUCGGUAUGUUUGAUACUGAAAAAUCUACUCCCGAUCCUUCAGGUAUGUUUGACAAAAGUGGAAAUGGAACAGUCAGCUUUGACGAAUUUGGAGCUCUAUGGAAAUACGUCACUGAUUGGCAAAAUUGCUUCCGUUCAUUUGAUCGUGACAACAGUGGAAAUAUAGAUCGUAAUGAAUUGAAAACUGCGCUCACUAAUUUUGGAUAUCGAUUGUCUGACGGAUUAGUUGACAUGCUGUUGAGGAAAUACGAUCGGCUUGGUCGAGGAACUAUUUAUUUUGACGACUUCAUUCAAUGUUGCAUAGUAUUAUACACGCUGACAUCUGCAUUCCGUAAAUAUGAUGCUGACCAAGAUGGUGUUAUCACUAUACAUUAUGAACAAUUUUUAAGCAUGGUUUUUAAUUUAAAAAUCUAACUUAAGACUAAACUCAAAGUCUGCCAAAAAGAUGAAAUAUUAAAUAUUAAUCACAGCUUUAUUUCAUCACAAUAUAAAUAAAUGAUAUAUAUAUA